AGGCUGUGCGUUGGCCAUUUCCUUGGAAACAACGCCCUGACGGGCAAUCCUGACGAUGCCAAAGUAAGGUAUUUGUACCCGAACAACGCCGUUGUCUUUUCACUUGACUGCAACGCUGCACUUUCUGGUAUUUCUAAACUACCGGAAAAGGUAGAUGCUGAAGAAUCGGACCUGGAUGACGAAGCACAGUAUCCUCAUGGUCUCAAGCUACUCAUCAUUAUUGUGGCUCUUGGUAUGAGCAUCUUUUUGGUUGCCCUCCACAUGACGAUUAUAGCGACGGCUAUUCCAAAAAUCACCGAUCAGUUCCACAGCCUUGAUGAUGCCAGUUGGUAUGGUUCGGCUUUCUUGAUGAUUACUGGAGGCUUCCAGUCAACCUGGGGAAAGAUAUACAAAUUCUUCCCGCUAAAAAUCUCGUUCCUACUUGCGGUUUUUAUUUUCGAGCUUGGAAGCUUGAUUUGUGGUGUGUCUCCAAAUUCCGUGACAUUGAUUGUCGGCCGUGUAAUUGCUGGAGUCGGUGCAGCUGGUAUUGGAAGUGGAGUCUUCAUUAUCAUCACUUUCACUGCCAGUCCAAAAAGGCGGCCACUCUUCACCGGUAUUAUUGGCAUGUCUUACGGUAUAGCCUCGGUCGUUGGCCCCUUGUUGGUGGAGCAUUCGCUGAUGAAAUAA